AUGGUUGGACGGACGCUCAUUGAUGUUGCCAUUAUUGGUGGCGGACCAGGAGGGCUGGGCACGGCCAUUGCCCUAUCUCAACUUCCGUUCGUUCAUGUCACUCUUUAUGAGAAGAACCCGGAGCCUCGAGAAGCCGGUGCGGGGAUAAGUCUCAGUACGAAUGCAUGGAAAGUACUGGACUUACUUGGAGCCAGCGACGGCGUCAAGGGAGGAUCCAAAUCAAACACACAUCAACGGAAUGCCCACACAGGCGCAAUUCUCAGCGUUGUCAAAUCGCCUGAAAAUUCCAAGGCAGACUCCCGCGGCGCGAUUCGUGCCCGUCGAACACGCCUCCAAUCGGCUCUCCUUUCGCAAGUCCCGGAAGGAAUCCUCCAAUAUGACAAGAAGCUCACUUAUCUAGAGACUCUGCCGGGUGGCGGAGUCCGGUUACUGUUUCAUGACCAGACAGAGGCAGUUGCAGAUCUUGUCGUCGGGGCGGAUGGAAUACAAUCGAUUGUUCGGCGGACGCUUUUACCAGGCCAUCACCUGUCUUUCACAGGAACAAUUGCGUGGCGAGUGAUUGUUCCUAAAGCAAACCUGACUCAUAUCCCGGACAUCACGUCUUUUACAAGCUGGUGGUGGGGUGAAUCCGGUCAUGUCUACUUGUCAGAUGUCGACGAUGACGACGAGGAAAAUCCGCACUUCGAAAUCACCGUGCGGGGAUAUCGUGAGCCGGAGAUCUCUGGGAAGACUGUUGUCUGGGGAAUCCCUGCUACCAACGACCGCGUAGCGUCUCGCGUUCAGAACUAUGAUCAGCGAAUUAAAGACGCUGUAAACGUCGUGCCUGAAGGUUUGUGGAGAGAAUUCGCCAUGUUCGCUGGUCCACGACUAGAUAGGAUCAUUGGCUGGGACAACAGGGUCGCACUUAUUGGAGAUGCCAGUCAUCCUCUCUCUGGAGCUUUUGGUUCCGGUGCAACAUUCGCCAUGGAAGAUGGAUGGAUUCUUGCACGGGCCCUGGAACAUACUCAAUCGCUUUCCCUUCCAGUGGGAGACGCUCUCGAAAUUUUCAACACUAUUCGGUCUCCAUAUUAUGCAAGAAUGUAUGAGCAUCUUGACGAAUCGGAAGAGAGGUUGCGAAAAUCUCGACAAGAAAGUGAAACCUUCGACGACUUCCUGAACGCUAAGAUUAAGUAUUUUCUUUACGGGGACAAGGACUUCAUUUACAAAAAUGAUAUCCAAAAGGUUUGGGAAGAGUAUAUAGUGUCAGCGGACAGACUGGUUCGUUAA